UUACAUAAAUAAUAAAAAUUUAAAUAUAAUGUAGUAUCAAACGUGCAGUCAUUUGACAUUAGUUUGAAAUAGCAGUAUUUACAGUAUCGCGAUUGGCCACGAAGUGUAAUCCGGCUAAGUUUGAAUGCGAACAGUUGCCUAAAACGUGGAUUUCGGCUAACUCGGUUUAUUUACAAGAAAGGCGUCAUCUGUCAAUCUGUCAAUGACUGCACGUUUCAUACAAUGAAACGCUUUUUAUUAGAGUUUCGCUAGCCUGAUUUUUUUGUUUAAACUUACUUACUUCAACCACAAAAAAUAUUCACACAGUUUUAUAAAUAUCGAUAAAGUUGUAAACAGUUUAUAAUAGAUAUUUGACUAUUAACUAUAAAAGUGAAUAGUAUAAAAAUUACCAAUAUAGUUAUUUACUAUCACGAAAUUGACACACAUGUUAUUGUUGAAAAUAAUUUAAGCUUGCAACUAUGGAAAUCACAAAAAAAAACUUUUCCGAACAAUUAGACCGAAUAGCCAAAGAUAUUAAACAAUCAAGUUUUAUUGGAUUUGAUGCAGAAUUUACAGCUCUUUUAACAGGCGAUGCUUUUAAACACAGCCUUUUUGAUACCUGUGAAGAGAGGUACAACAAAAUAAAAGAUGGAGCUGGGAAAAUGAUAAUGACCCAAGUUGGUUUGACAAUGUUCCAGUACGAGAGAGAUUUAGAUACAUAUAAUGCAGUUGGGUACACCUUCCACCUAUGUCCACAGUAUUUUGGAGAUGUUGAUCAGUCAUUCAUAUUUCAAGCAUCCACAUUACGUUUUCUGUGCCGGCAUAAUUUUGACUUCAACAAGUUUACUUAUGAUGGUCUGCCAUAUCUAAGUAAAGCUGAGGAAGAAAAUGUGAAACUCCAAUUGAUGGAGAAACAGCUUUUCAAUCAUUUAAACAGUUCAUUAGAAAUGAGUGGUGAAAGGAUACUGCAGCAUCAUUGUUCUGAAGUGUCCAAGUGGAUAGCAAAUAGUGAUGAUGAUACAAUGUACAUUGAUAUUGAAGACCCAGUUCUCCGAUAUUUAUUGCACAAUGAGUUAAGAUUGCGUUUUCAUAAUAUACUCACAACAGAUAGCUUAGGUAAUAGUAAUAAGGUUCUGAUAUACAGAGAUAAAUUUGUUGAAGGUGCAAACAGUGCACCUAUGCAAAUACUAGAAGAGAAUUUGUUGAGCCAUCUCCGAGGCUUCUCACAGAUUCUAAACAUUUUGUCUGAAUGUGAAAAGCCAAUUAUUGGACACAAUAUAUUUAUGGACAUGAUUCUUCUGCACAGUCAGUUCAUAGGUCCUUUACCAAAGCAGUACUCUACAUUCAAGAAAAAUAUAAACAAUUUGUUUCCAGUCAUUUUUGACACAAAAUAUAUUUCACAUGAGAUGGCGAAGAAAUUGACAAUGGAUGAAGUGUGGAAGUCCAAUGCACUGCAAGAGUAAGGGUUUGUAUGAAUUUUUCUCUGGAGGCAAAUGCAAGAAAUUGGAACAGGGUGUCAAUUUUGUCAGGCUUACCACACCAUUUGACGUGAAACAAUCUUACCAUGAGGCUGGCUGGGAUUCUUAUUGUUCAGGUUACUGCUUGUUGCGGCUAGG